UGACAUCUGUUAUUCUGUCUGAGUACUAUCGUCAGGCAAUUCAUGUUUUUAUGCAUUAGAAAUACGCAGUGUUUUAUAAAAUGUUAAAAGUUUAGCCAAUUUAAAUAGAUUAUAUAUUUAUUUCUAAUUCUUUGUAUAUAAUAUCCGUGUAUGUAACAAUUUUACUAUAAUGAGUUAUCAAGACGAUCCCAGUUGUUAUGUUGGGUCCUUCCCCAAGGACUUCAGUUAUGGGCCAUUCGAGCAAAAUGGAGAUGGUGACAAUACUUCACUACAGGAAGAUCACAAGCCUAGGAUUCUGCUCAUGGGACUGAGAAGAUCGGGAAAGUCAUCUAUACAGAAAGUGGUGUUUCACAAAAUGUCACCAAAUGAAACAUUAUUUUUGGAGUCAACAAAUAAAAUUGUGAAAGAUGACAUUAAUAACAGCAGUUUUGUACAGUUUCAAAUCUGGGACUUCCCAGGCCAGAUUGAUUUCUUUGAUGCAACAUUUGAUUCAGACACAAUAUUUGGAGGAUGUGGUGCUCUGGUCUUUGUUAUUGAUGCCCAGGAUGACUACCAAGAUGCUUUGGAUAAGUUACAAUUAACUGUCACCAAGGCAUACAGAGUAAACAGUAACAUUAAGUUUGAAGUAUUUAUACAUAAAGUUGAUGGUCUCAAUGACGAUUACAAGAUGGAAUCUCAAAGAGACAUUCAUCAUCGAGCUACUGAGGACCUGGCUGAAGCUGGAUUGGAACAUGUGCACUUAUCAUUUCACUUGACCUCGAUAUAUGACCACUCCAUAUUUGAAGCAUUCAGUAAAGUAGUACAAAAGCUGAUUCCGCAAUUACCAACUUUAGAAAAUCUUCUAAACAUCCUCAUAUCUAACUCUGGCAUUGAAAAAGCAUUCCUUUUUGAUGUGGUGUCUAAGAUCUAUAUUGCAACAGACAGUUCUCCAGUGGACAUGCAGAGUUACGAACUGUGCUGUGAUAUGAUUGAUGUUGUUAUUGAUAUAUCUUGUAUUUAUGGCAUGGUUGAUGAAACUGAAGUGAACACAUUUAACAGUCAGAGUUCCAGUUUAAUAAAGCUGAACAAUGGUACCGUGCUGUAUCUUCGUGAGGUCAACAAAUUCCUUGCGCUCGUUUGUAUUUUGCGUGAAGAAAACUUCCAAAAACAAGGUGUGAUAGACUACAAUUUUUUGUGCUUCCGUGACGCUAUAACUCAAGUGUUUGAGUUACGCAACAAAUGCCAGAAUGCUAUAACAUCUAGAGGGACGUCCGGUACUCCAGAACCUAUACCCAAUGGCGCAGCUGAUUCAACAGAAAGUGCUUCCGACCGCUCACAAACUCAUUUACCAUAGCAUAUCACAGCAACGCUUAUUUUUGCAAACCUAAUACAAUAAUAAUAAUAUGUAACUAUAUUUUUUAAAUAACAUUAAGUAUGUGAAUAAAAGAGCAUAAUUAUGUUAAAU